UUCCUAUUUUCAGUUUUUUAAUUUUUCUAUGUGGAGGAGGAGAAGUACUGGCUUUACAGUUUCUGGAUGCGAUUAAACCCUAGUUUGGAUGGGUUGAUUCAUCAAGUUAAAGACAUUAAAAAAACAAAAUACAAAAAGGGUGAAAAAAAUUCGAGGAAGGGCAGGCAAAUGUUUUUUUUUUGACGAAACCCUAAUGGAAAGAGGCGUGUAAUCACGGAUUUGAAGGGUUUGGAGCAUGAAUAUUUCACGGCCAGACUUCUUUUUCUCAGAUCGACUCGCCGAGCUCUGUUUUGCCGUAAUCCGACAAGGUAUGUACAAAUUUUCUUUCUAACGUAUGAUGGAUAUGGCCGUUUUGUGUGAUCAUUGAAGCCGACAAGGCUGCUCUGGUUGCUUAAACAUGGAAGAUGGAUAGAUGAAAAUUUUAGAGCAGUUAUCUGGCAUUUCAAAAGAAACAUUUCACGGUUUUUAAGGGCUUUAGACCGCGGCAGAAUGUAUAAUGGGUGGUCGUAAUAGUCUCUUCUUGUUGGGAUUGCUGGGUAAUUUACGGAUAUUUGUUAAUAGAUUUCUUAAAUGGAACAAAACACGGAAUCUGAAGGUUUGGUGGUACCGAUGUCAAGAUCGGAAGGUUUAAAGGCGGAAGAUCCAGAGCUUGUGGAGGCGGUGGCGGAGGAUAAACAGGGUUUGAAGAGGAAAACAGUGCACAGCCGCUCCAAGGCGAAUUAUCAGGCAUCGAAGAGGCGAAGGAGAUCUUUGGAGAGUUUAAGAAAACGGCCAGGUGGCGGUUCUGUGAGAAGCUUUCAGUCCGCCGUAAAGAAGAACCGGCGGAGCUUGGAGGUGGGUCCCCCUUGCUCAGGAACUGAGUUGAAUUUUCUGAAAUCAGGAGUUCCUGAUGAAGAAAAUGAUGUUGGUAAUAUUAAUAUUCAGGAGAGCUCUGAUGAUUCGGAGCCCCUUAUUAAUAAAAUUAAGAAAAAUUCUGUUAAACGAGCUCAAAAUCAUGCCAAACAAACUGCUAUUGUUAAUAAUGAUACCUUCCUUUCUACCAAGCAACCCAAACAUGCUUCCAAUGCAUCAGUCUUUCAAGCAACUUCAGAGCGUUUAAAUGGUUCUGCUCAUCAUGUUGCCAAUUCUUUUGAAAUUGGUAGAGGGGCUUUUUGUAAGAAGCACAAUUUUCCUGGUUUGAAGGAUUUUGCUAAGAAAUCUCUGCGAACGUCAAAAAAGAAGAAGAUCCAAGUAAGUGUAUUGGAUGGCAAGGAUACUCUUGAAGUGGAAGCUGCAAUGCCAGUCGCACUUCCUCCUGUCAAAGCUCCGAAUAUUUCAAAGGCUACGACGGCUGUGGCUCAUGUCUCUGAGCAUGAGACUAAACAGAAAGUGAACAGUGAAUUAGUGGAUGCUGGCAGUUUAAAGAUUUCCAAGGCAACAACAUCUCCAUCUGUGGUCGAGCUGGCAUCUGAUGCCUGUGAUCAUAAGACUAAGCACAACUUAUCCAAGGAAGUGAGCAAUGCUGCUACUCUCAAGUGGAGUAAUCAUAAGGCUCGGCAGAAUCUUUCGGGCAGUGGAAAUAGGACUGUUUCUAAGAGGGGGGGAACAAAUGCAUUGACAUCCCAGUCAGGCAAUGGAACUCUUGCUAAGAAGGGGGCUAUGAAUGCAUUGCCAUCCCAGCCAGGCAAUGUUGUUGUUGAUGAGCAACAUAGUCUGGAGCAGAAUGCUGCUAGAACAUUGUCAUCUAGAUUUAGUUCAAAUGGCGGUGCUCAAAAGAUUGCACAACCAAUUGUGUCUGCACCAACUUUCAAUUUGCCUUCUGGGUUAACUGCAGCCGAGAAGGAUGAAAAUGCUCCGGUGCAGGGUUCUGGGAGAGCACUCAGACCAAGGCAACGCAGGCAAAAGCCCAGUGGCACAAAACGAUAUGGGGAGAUUUGUUUCAGUGACGCAGAUGCUUUUCAGAUUUUGAACAGGAGAAUUAAGGUUUUCUGGCCUCUUGAUAAUAAGUGGUAUUAUGGACUGGUCAAGAGCUAUGAUCCGACAAAUAAGUUGCAUUAUGUACGAUAUGAUGAUCAUGAUGAAGAGUGGCUUCAGCUUAGAGAUGAAAAAUUCAAGCUUCAGUUGCUCCCUGGUGAGGCUGAUGGACGGGUCAAAUUGUUGGAGAAAAAUGGCUGUGAGAAAGUUGAAGGAUCAGAUAAAGACAGUAUUCAGUCGGGAUGUAAAAUCCUUCCUUCCUCAGAACUAAAUAAUGAAUCACAAUUGGGUGACUUUAAUAAUGACUCAUAUAGACACAGAGUUGAACAUAAUUCCUUUGAGAUGUCUCCUCCCAGAAUAUUGGACGCUUGCAAUAAAUCUAGGGAUGGCCUUCUUGGCAAUGGUUGCAACAAUGGUAGUAGCGUAAGAGAUGAUGUUAAUGUCAGUGCUCACAAUGAUGGUAGUAGCUUGGUACCUGCGAGGGACACUUCUACUGAAAAAUCUACAUUUAAUAACUCCAAUAAGAAAAUAUCUGGAAAGGUUUAUGUCAGAAAACGUUACCGGAACACUAGUUCUAAGGAUGACACUGGGGAGAACCUGAGCGGGUUCCAAAAGUCACAUGAGCCUGUGAUGUCCCAAAUGCACGUGAACAAUGAGGGACUGAAGGUUGUUCAAACAUCUUAUGCUGACAAAGGAUCCGACCUUGGAGAUAACUUGAAACAUUCUUUGCUUGGGGCAGGAAAGAACAAGUUAUCUGGGCCUUUCAAAGAUAAAUCAAGGUAUUUGCAAUCUGUUGGUGGUAGUAAGCAUUUGAGACCUAAACAGCAUGAAGAUGAUGUGGAGGAAACAAUUGUGUCUGCAUCGAUUACAUGUAAGGAACUGUCUGAUGAAAGGGGCUUUGAGCUUGUGCAAAUUAACAAUGAAAUGAAUUCUUCAGGAUAUGGUUUUGAGCUUCUCCCCAGGUUAACUGAUUCCUCAGGUUUCUCGACUUGUCAUUUUGUUUUUCCAGUGGAAGUGGAUUUUGGGAACCCAUACUUAUCUUUAUGGACUACAUUGCAACCAAUUAAUCUCAGAUGUGGACUGCAAAGUGUUUCUUGUCAUAGUAAUUUGAUCUUGAGGCAAAGUGGAGUCUUGAAUUCUGUAUGGCCAGAUGCUUGGCUGGAGAUUCUAGUGGCAGACAACUUUAUUGGUUCGAGCAUUUUUUCACUUGCAGAUUCUCUGCAAAAAGUUGUGAAUGCUUUUGCCCAGAUUAUGGUUGCAUUUGUGAAGCCCUUCAGAAACCAAUAUUCUUGCAUGUCCUUAGAGGCAAUGAAAGACAUGAAUUUUAAAGUACCGAUUCCAUCAGUUAGUUUCCGAAUUUCAUUAACACAAGGUUGCAGCAACCCUCUCGAGUUUGUUUUUUAUGAUUUUCAGGGAAUUACAAGAGCAAGAUGGAGGGAUCUUUUUAAAAAUCUAGAAGCUCUUUGCUCUGCCUACAAAUAUUCUUCUCUGCAGAGCCCAUACAAUGCAAAUUCUUGUUUCCUUGAAAGCUGUAGCAGUCACUUGUGUGGAACGCUGGCCUUGAGUAGUUUAGUGAUGUUUGUGGAGGAUAAUGGCAUCUCUUCAGCAGCUAGUAUGUCCGAUCCUCUAUUGAAGCCAAGGGAAGGAUUGUAUGCUUUGCAAGACAUGAAUAUUGAUCAUGUAGAUAAUCAACUGUCACAUGGGCCACAGUUUCAGAAGCUCAUUCACCAAGACAUUUACCAAAGUGCAUCUGUUUGUAGAGGAAAUGGACAUGUUUCUCAUCUUGACUGCGGUCGAGUUGUCCCACCAUUUUCCAUUACUUUUGCUGCUGCACCUAGCUUUUUUCUAGGCUUGCAUUUGAAAUUGUUGCUUGGUAAGCCUGUUACCCCUAAUAGAUUUCAAAGGUACAUUUCAAAUUCGUUGGGACUGGAAAAUUGGGAAAUUAUUGAUCUUUCAGAGGAGGGCAGCUCAGAUGUGAUCACUGUGAGGGAUUCGUCAACAAGAACCGGUCAGACUCGUGAAGAUUCAAGACGGCUAUAUCUUGAAACUGAAGCAGGCUAUGCAGAUGGCACAGUAUUUGGUGGAGAUCGUGCUUUGGAUUCCAGUGCUAGGUUAUGGCAAACUACCAAGCAUUCAAAGGUAGAUGUCGAUGCUUCCCCUAUAAGCAGUGCCGAUGGCUGCGUAAUGUCAUCUCCACGAUCAACAUAUUCUGAGCUUAAUGUCACUGGCACUUCUGCAGGUGUCACAGCAACACAAGAUAAGCAUGAAUCUUUUAUGCCUGGAAAUGUUUUUAAACUUCGAAGGUGCCCAACAAAUAGAAGCUCAUGGCGGCUUACUGGCAAUGCAAGGCCUAAUUUUGUUCGUAGAAGGAACUUGACAGUUGCAGAGGUUGAAGCUAGGAGCAGUUUUAAGGAUGAUGAAAGGGAUUCUGCUGCAGAACAAUCUUUCCAUGGUUACUUUGAUACCAUUUCUGGGCAGUCAGAUUCAAAGGCAGAUCAGUCAGCUGCUCAUGCAGAUACAUUAACAGGUUUGGGUAAUUACUGGUCUCAGGAGAAGUAUACUGUGGCAUCUUCUUCAAAAUUGUGGCAAGAUAAUAGGAAUCAACAUGUGUUUAGUAGUUCCACAGAACCUAGAAAACGCCGUGGUGGGUAUGCGAAUCUGAUCUUCUCUGAGAUUGCUGAUGACAUUCCUUUCAAAUACAGAGGGCAUAUGAGAAGGGGCCGUCCUUCAAGGCAAAAUAGGGAAGAGAAGCUGAAGAAAUCUGCAGAUAAUUCUUCAGAUUUAAGGUACCUGGAUUCUGUAUCCUGUAGCGCAAAUAUACUGGUUGUAGGAGUUGACAGAGGCUGGAGGGAAUCUGGGGCACAAGUUAUACUUGAAGCUUCAGGUCACAAUGAAUGGACUCUUUCAAUAAAGUUACAUGGAUUUACCAAAUAUACUCAUAAGGCCCAGCAAGUUGUACAAUCUGGUUCAACAAAUCGUUACACACAUGCCAUGCUCUGGAAGGGUGGGAAGGACUGGAGCUUGGAGUUUCCAGAUAGAAAGCAGUGGGCAUUAUUCAAGGAGAUGCAUGAAGAGUGCUACAAUCGGAAUUUGCGGGCUGCUUCAGUGAGACACAUACCAAUACCAGGAGUGCGUGAGAUUGAGGAUUAUGAUUGCAGCUCUGAUUCAUUUCACUUUGUGCGGCCCUCUUCAAGAUACAUUCGGCAGAUGGAAAGUGAAGUUGAAAUGGCUUUGGCCACUUCACGGGUUAUGUAUGACAUGGACAGUGAGGAUGAGGAGUGGCUUGGUCACCUAAACAAUAGUAGGAUUGGUGAUGGAGGCUGUCAACCAGGUCAUGUAUCAGAAGAGACUUUUGAGAGAAUUAUGGACUUGUUGGAAAAAGCUGCCUUUACACAGCAACGGGAGCUUUUGAACAGUGAUGAAGUAGCGGACUUUUGCUGGGAUAUUGCAACCGUUGAGGUUGUGAAGGCUAUCCAUGCUCACUGGCAAGAGAAGCGAUGGAGGAAAGGAAUGGCGUUGGUUAGACAUUUCCAGCCUGCUUCCUGGGAGCGAUACCAGCAGCAAAUCAAGGAAUGGGAAUCACAGAUGAAUGAAUUACAAAAUUCUCCAACAGCAAAUAAACAGCAGCCAAACCUUGAAAGGCCUCCUAUGUUUGCAUUUUGUCUAAAACCAAGAGGAUUGGAAGUUCCAAAUAAGACACAAAAGCAAAGAUCACACAGGAAGUUUAAUGCAGGGCAGCAAAUUACACUAAGAGAUCAGGAGAAUGUCAUUUGUACAGCAAGUAGAAGGCACAAUGGGAUUAGCAUUGGUGAAGACACUUCGUCAGAAGCAUUGGGUAUCUUUCAACACUCUAGCCCUUCAGAAAUUGAUACGUAUUCUCAGCCUACAAGCUUUGGUGCCGUUUCUUCAGAGGCAACUACACAAGUGGAUUUUAUGGAUGUGAGAUUCAAGAUGAAUAAGGAACACCAACAAAAGCAGAAGAUGAAAAGGAAAGCAAAGAAGAUGAAAGUUUUUGUGGCUUCCAAAGAUCCACAACAAGAGGGAACUUCCCAUUGUGAGCUGGUCCAGCUGGACCAUAGAAAAGAACCUGUUUCUUAUGGUUGGGAUACUUCGGCUUGUGAUCAACAGAAUGUCACAUCAUGUGCAGUCUCCAAUUAUAAUCUUUCAAGUCUGAAUCCUACACAUCCACAGGCUGGCUCGGAUUUUGAUGCAGAACUAAGGGUACAAGAGGCAGAAAAUGCUGCAUGUACUGCAGCUGAAGUUGCUGCCGCCAAGCGUGCAAGGGCUGAGAGGCUGCUUCAGAAGGCAGACCUUGUAGCACAUAAAGCUGUUGUAGCUGUAGUUAUUGCAGAGACUAUACAAGCUUCUGAAAGAGACCGUCAAGGUGAAACUGACAACAUGACAGAAGAGUCUGGAAGAGCAGUUUUUGGGCAUUGGCGGCCUUCGAGGAUAGAUCCUUUGGUUGUAAAUGAUGGAACAAUGAGACAGAGUCGAAAUUGUUCUGUGCCAGCUUCUUUGCCUGGGACAAACUGUUUCAUGAAAAAUAUUCAAGCAGAUGUGAUGGCAGUUACAACUGUUGGAUCCUCAUCAAUAAAAAUGGAUUCAGAUUCAAAUCAGGUACAAGUGAAACUUGGAGUAGAGGAGUCACUCAUGUCGAAUGAUGCACUGGUGCCAAUGGCUAGUUGGGGUCAUGAGAUCAAUACAUGACUUGAAACUACAGUCUAUUAGAGAUGUUUUUUUUGAAUUUCUUCCUUCUGUGGGAAGUUAAGAUAAUUUUCUUGCAUCCUUAGACAGGGUGCCAAUCUGAGGUUGCCACUUUCAGUAAAAAUUGUUGGCUUUGCAGGUGCAACAUAACAACCAAAGUUUCAUCUGUCUUUUGUAGCCUUUUAAGAAAGAAGGUUUGUAGAUUUAUUGUCAUCAUGAAUCAUGUACAGAAAAUUGUUUCCCAUAACUGUUCACUAUAGAUGAGCAUUUGGCUCGAAAUAAGAUUUUGGUCAAGUCCAUCAUUUUUUAUUUGCUAAUGGAUACUUGGCAACCAAUCAAUAUUACAAGAGCAGAAGUUAUGCUGAGUGUAUCAAACCAUGAGAAUCUGUAAGUAACAACUAUAAGCCAUAGUAGUAGGGUUUGUUGGGAUUCAGAUGUUCGCUGAGUAUGUUGAUUAGCUGAAGAUUGCAUUCAUUAGUUCCACUUUGCACUGUGUUAAAACUAUAGCGGCUCUGUAUAUUCUUCUUGUAGGAUGAUUUUGUUUAUGUUUA